AUGUUUACCUUGCCAUGUAAAGUAGGAGAUAGAAUUAUCACUCAUGCUAUGCUAGAUUUAGGUGCUUCAAUAAACGUCACGCCUUUUCAUGUUCAUGAAGACCUAGCAGAUAGGUUAUACAUACAACCUCUAGACAUAGUAGAAGAUCUUUUGUUGAGAGUUGGAGAAUUAAUCUUUCUAGUCGAUUUUUACAUUUUGAAAUUGGAUGAACCAUACUCUACUACUUCUUCUAAUAUUUUACUUGGUAGACCCUUCAUGGAAACUGCAAAAACUAGAAUUGACGUAGAUAAGGGGUCUUUAUUAGUAGAAUUUGAUGGAGAGGUAAAAUCCUUCAACAUUUAUGAUGCCAUGAAAUUUCCAGAGGAGUAUUUAUAUCUUUGUUCCAUAGAUACAUGCGACAUGUUUGAUGAAUUUUUGUUUUCUAUUGAUGAAAAUUUGGAUUGUUUGGUUGCCCCCUCCAUUGAUCAUGAUGAUGAUGACUCUUUGAUUGACUCUUUCUUUACUUCGAAUGAUUUUGAUUUGAAUGAUAAUUCUUCUAAUAAUGAUGUUGUGGAAUCUCAGGUACAGGGGAUCGAGCUUAAAGCUCUCCCUUCUCACCUUAAAUAUGUUUUCUUAGGAGAAGAUAAAGCCUUUUCUGUGAUCAAAUCUAGAGAACUUACAUCUUUUCAAGAAUGCUCACUAGUAGAAACAUUGAAGGACCACAAGAAAGAAAUUGGUUAG